AAUCAUGGCGCAUUUAUGCCGCGUAACGCCACCUCCCCGCCGCACGGUGCCGGCAGCACACGGGUGGCAGCGGGGCGCCGGGCUCUGUUUGGGGCCCUCGCGAGCGGCCACCGGUGGCUCCAACACGGAGCGCGGGCCCUAAGCCCGGCCGCUCCUCGACCUUCGCCUCCUCAGUCCCGGACCCUCCCCUCUCAGGCUCAGCUCCGCCCGCCCGCGCACGCGCCCCGCUGCAGCACCGCCCCUGCGGCGCCCGGCGGAUGUGACGUGCGGUGGGCGCCAUGGCGGACGCGGCGGGCGGGCCGCCGCCGGAGGACUGCCCGGGGACCGGCAGCGUCCAGGCGGGCCGGGCCGCCGCUUGCCAGGGAUGCCCCAACCAGAAGCUGUGCGCUGCCGGCGCCGCCGGCCCGGACCCGGGUUGCUCUGCUGGACAUAGACAUCUGUGGGCCGUCAAUCCCGAAGAUGAUGGGUCUGGAAGGAGAGCAGGUUCAUCAGAGUGGAUCUGGAUGGUCACCAGUGUAUGUUGAAGAAAACUUAAGUGUCAUGUCAGUGGGGUUCUUGCUCAGUAGUCCUGAUGAUGCUGUCAUCUGGAGAGGACCAAAAAAAAAUGGGUUGAUCAAGCAAUUUCUUCGUGAUGUGGACUGGGGUGAAAUUGACUACUUGAUAAUAGAUACGCCUCCAGGAACAUCAGAUGAACACUUGUCUAUUGUGCAGUAUCUUGGUGCAUCGCAUGUAGAUGGCGCUGUUAUAAUCACUACCCCUCAGGAAGUAUCACUUCAGGAUGUUCGGAAGGAGAUCAACUUCUGUCAUAAAGUGAAACUGCCAAUCAUAGGUGUUGUGGAAAAUAUGAGUGGCUUUAUAUGUCCAAAAUGUAAGAAUGAAUCUCAGAUCUUUCCCCCAACUACUGGAGGUGCAGAGAAAAUGUGCCAGAACUUAAACGUUUCCCUCCUGGGUAAAGUGCCUCUAGAUCCUCAAAUAGGAAAAAGUUGUGACAAAGGUCAGUCUUUCUUGUCUGAAGCACCUGAGUCUCCAGCUACAGCAUCUUACAGGAACAUCAUUCAGAGGAUUCAGGAAUACUGUGAUCUACAACAUACUCAAGAAGAAAAGAUUAUCUAACUAUGAGUGAAAAUCAGCUCUGAGAAAUCAGUGAUGUCUACAAGAGGAAAAGGUAAUUUCAUUUUAUUAACUGUAGUUUGAAAAUGAAACAAGUGAUCAUUGUCUUUUGAUUAUAUUCUCAGGAUAAUCCAAUAGUUUCAGGUUAAUUCACAGUUUUUUCUCAAGGACAGGUCUGCUCAUGAAAGUCCUGUGUAAACCACAAGCACUGUUCUCAUCAUGCCUGUGCAAACUGCCUUUUGGUGAAAGUCUUAUUUUGAAGUAAGUAGAGUCUUUACCAAAGGCUAUAAUCCUUUCAGUCUGAAGACACAAAUGACAAAAUCAUUAUUUCAUGCAGGUAUAAUUAUAGAAGAGCUUCAUUUCAGUAACUUAAUAUGUAAAACAGCUUUCAUAAAUCAGUGUUUUUACCGGUUGUCUUUUUAUUAUUUCCUUAAAUGACUAUCUAGUGCCCGUCUUUCCAUGUUCUUCAAUGCAGUCAUCUGAAAUUCUUGUCUGUCCUGCAGAAUGAACACAGGAAAGGCAGGUGUGACCAUAACCCAUUAUGUAGGAAUCAUAAACGGAAAAGGCUGGUGGAAGUCUCAGGGUUUAAGACUGUUCUUCCAGCUGUGCCUAGGCAUUACAGUACUUCAGAAAGCAUCAUACUGAAGCUUUAACUUAGAGGAAAUUCUUCAUGGGCCUUGCAAGCAACUCAGUUGUGAAGCUUCAGCAAGGCUCGUGAGUACAGAGCAGACUGCUAUGGGGUACAGCCCCUCUGACAACGCACAAGAAUGGCUUAUUGGAGAAUCAAGGUAACCCUGUCAGAAUCUACAUUAGGAACUAAUACCAGGAAAAGCCAAAACCAACAGGUCAGCAUUUGAUACCUCUUGGUUUAUAGCUGACAGUCCGGCUUGGUACUUACUCUUGGGAACAUCUGCUGUGACAAAAAAUCUUGAAGUUAUUCUGCCGAUGCUUUUUUGUCCCUCUAAUUUGCAGUGGAUGUAUCCAUAUAAAUUAGCAGUUUGAAGGGAAAUCCCAGCUAUCACAAGAGCCUGCGGACAAACAAAAGAUUGGCUGGGACAAAUAUACUGCCAUAUAUGUAGACUAUGCAUUAGAAUAUAUACGCAUGCUCUAUACAAAAAUGCUGUAAGAAAGGAAUAUCCCUUCAAAUAACGAAGGACCAUAAAAGAGAUCCAACCAUACUAAACAUUGUAGUCCCUUUCUGCAAAAUGCCUUUUUUAUCAAAAUUGUGCAGCUUUUUUUUUUUUCUAGCUGAGGUAAUUCUGCAUUUUGAAAAACCUCAUUACUUUCCUAAGAGCACCUAUACAAAAAAGCACCUAUUUGAUCAAUUCCAUAAUCAUUUCAUCUUUUAAGCCUGAUUGUAUCUAAGAGCUUCACAUCCAAACACACAGCAGGCCUGCAGACAUGUUUAGCUGCCAAAUGCCUUAUUACACAGAAGAUCCUGUAACUUGAAGAUUUACAAAUAGCAUCGACAGAUGUAUAUCAAUAUCCAUCGUUUGCAGGCAGUGUAAAUGAGUAGGUCCUUUCAUGGUGCUAGAGGCUUAGCAGCAGGCAAAAUCCAAUUAAUUAACUGAUAAAAUAAGGUUUUUCUUAAUUUCCUGGAAGCUAUCAAAUUUUCAUUUGGGUAACAUGGUUUUACAAGCACCUGAACAACUUGCAUCUUCUGCGCUAGCUUAGGUUCCUUCUCCAUCUAGCUCUUUGCUUAGCAAACAAUCUGUUUUUCAAAACUAAAGGUGGAGCUGUGAAGGAAGACAGCUGGUUUAAUUUUAACUAUUGCUUGUAUAGUUAUGCCACUUGGGGCUUAAGAAAGCAGUUAAUGAUUUGCAAUAGAUUCAUACCCAUUACCUGAAUUUCCCAUUUCAUUUACUAACGAAAUGUAAUCUUGGUUAUUAUUUGUUCUGUAGCAGCGGGUAUGCAAGAUACUUUAUAUCUUUAAUAAUAAAAUUGUACUUUGCACAGUUCAGAACUUGAUGAAAUGUAUUCUAUGGUGAUUAUGCAAGCACAACAGAAAAGUUUACAGAGGAAAACAAAUUUCAUAGACAAAGCAUCAGCAUAAUACAAUAUAUGGGGUACAAUUUCUAUUUAGGAAAAUGUGUAAUGUUUUGCUUUUCCUUCGUAGAAUGGAUGACUUAUAAAUGCAAUAAUUAUAAACUAUAUAGUUACAUCUUAAUUUAUCUAGAUUUUUAAGUGCUUUCAUACUGGUCCAUUCAAAAGGGAAUGAUACCAGAAAUCUAAAAUCCUUACUUUUAAGAGCUAAUAACAUUCGAGUCCUGAGGAGAUGUGAAAACCUGAAAGCCAGCACUUCUGGUUCACUUUUUGUUCUCUCCCACUAGUAUCUUUUGACAGCAAUAAAGAAGUUGGAGAAAAGUAAAAUGCUACAGUUAAAAAUGAGGUGGCAAUUCUGUCAACUACUUAAGAUGCUUUACUGGAGCUAAUUGAAGUAGCUAAUUGUAGCUACAGUUGCUAAUCUAGUAAAAGUGAUGCUAAAAAUGAUCCAUUCUGGAUUGCAGGGCUUGAUUGCAGAAAACUCCUCUGACUCCUUGAAACUGUUAGGGGGAUUUUUGUAACGUUGUAGAUUUUGGUACAAAGACUGUUGCAAAACUACAGAUCUGGGUUUUCCCUCAAUUAACAUUACUUGUCUGCUGUAGCUCAUUCAGUAAUGCCAGACUUACCAGCCAUUUCAGCUUCAGUGAAAACAAGGUGCUGAAGAAAAAUACAGUCCAAAUGACGGGACAGAUAAUGAGGCCAAGCCAAAAGAUUCGAGCUUCAGCUUCAGUUGAGGCAGCUAUCAUAGACACCUAGCAAGAAAAUUACUGAAACUUUUAGUCACAAAGACAAAACCCAUAAUAAGUAACAAAUCAGUGGAGGAGGAGGAAUGGACAAAACUACUUGUUUACCCAAAUUUCAUAUAUUAUAUGCAUACAGACAGGGUGGUUUCAAUAGGAAGAGAAGUCACUGAUGCCAAAUUUUCUGCAUGCUGUCCUACUGUACAUGACAGUAUUUUCUUUUCAAAAUGCACUGUUUUCUUUUUCCUGUUCUCACUUAUUAGAUAAUCCAUUCAUUUUGUCAAAGAUAGUUGCCACUAAUGCUACAGAUUAAUAGUAUUUUGUAGUCAAAAGUUCUGUGUGCUAGCCAUUGCUGUUAAACUUCAGAAAGACUAAGUUAAAUUUGAUAUUAGAUUCAAACUUUACCAGGGGCUCAGAGACAUGUGAAACAGAAGACAGUGUUACAAGCAGAACUUCAGUGUGAGUAUUUUGCAGUCUGAGGAGUAGUUUUGUGACUUGUGCCAUGAUCACAAGUCAAAAGCACUGGGAAAAAAAUUAGUGUAGUAUCAGAAAACAACUAUAAUAUCUAAUGUGGCAAUGAGUAUCUAUUCCAAUUGCUAACAAGCAAACUUUAAAGAUGCACACAGGAUUGAUCAGUUGGUUCCAGUUCAGACAAUGAAAUUCUCAUAAAAGUGUCCAUUUCUACACUUUUUAUAAAAACACGUAUAGCUUAAUUUAAAUUUAAUUUAAACCUGGUGUGAUGCUUAGUUUUAUAUUAUGUAAACUAACAGUUCAGUCUUGCUUAUGAUGUCUAUUGAUAUUUGAUAAAUUAAGAUGUAGCUUCAAAAUGCCUAACACUACUGUUAGGCACCACAGCAACUGCUGGCGCCUCUCAUCAUUCAAGGUGCUCUAUUUGCAUUCUUCAGGGAGACCAAAAGCCUCAAGGCAGGCAGAAAAAAAAAAAAAAAGGUUGUGGAUUUCUUCUAGUCAGCACAACUCAAAAGGAUCACUGUUAGCUCCAAGCACUUAAGAGAAACCAAGCAGAGAUUUGCUCUGAAGGUUUUGAUCCUUCCUGGGAGAACAGAAUUCAAAAUCACACACCAAACAUCAGGCCAUUCAACCAUUACCAGUGCUACCUUCUGAAAUACGAGCUUCUCAGCAGGAAAGGAAAACCGUGGAGUUUGAAAACUGAAAAGACUCUUAGUUCAGUACCUAGAGUUCUCCAUGUGAAAAUAAGAUUCAUCUAUCCAUCCCAUGUUAGACAGAUGGUGGUAUCCAGCAAACAUGGUUAAGCUACUCUAUUGCGCCAAAGAAAAUCCUGAAGAUGCGUUAAUUAGCAAGUGUCUAAUUUUUCAAAAUACACUCUAAACCAGUGAGGUCUGUGCCUUCACAAUUACAGAAAAAGAAAGAUGUUCUGAGUCAGUAAAAGAGCUUCAUCACCUGUAUCUAGAACUACUGACAAAUUACCCAGCAGGGUAUUAGCACGAACUAUGCAGGGGAAUAAAAAUCUCAGUGCACCUCAGAACUCCACACCUGAAAGAACUAAUUAACUUGAUGAGCAAGAUUAAAAAAGGCUGCAGCCCCCUAAAAAAUAAAAAUAAAAAAAAAUCUAGGUUGAACUUCUGUCCCAGUAGCAGUGCACCAGGAAUUGGCUGCUUGUUAUUAGCAAGUGACUUGGAAUAUUUCUAAGCAGAUCCACUCCCUAGAGGAAGAGAUUUCAAAAAGCUGCCAGAGAACUGGGAAGGGAGGUGGGGACUCUGGAAAGUAAGAUGAUUGAUUGUGUGUAUUCUGGAGCUUAUAAAUGAUAAAGCAGUUAUGGACAAGCCAUGACCAAGUACAGUCCACCCUAAUUACAUGCUAUACUUUGAUUUUCAUAGUAUAGAACAUAGUAUCAAACUAUUUGCUACAAGUUUUGGAGGCCUUGAGCCCAUAGGAGUGAGUUGACUUUGUACUUCCAGACUGGAAUUAACAAACUGUAGUAAGUGAACUAGGGAACAUGAUUACUCAUGUUACGGUAAUACUGCGGUCAGGAGGUGAUCUCAUGAACACCCUUGCUUUUAAGAUCUAAGAAAGUUCUUGCUUGCUGCCACAGAUCAACGAAACUAAGAUACUCUGGAGGUCUUUUAUCUUAUCUGCUUUCCUGCAGACUUUCCUGUAUUCCCAAUUUCAUGUGGCUUACAGGCAGAAAGCCGGCAUCUCUUAGCUUUUUACUGGCGUGCAGCCACACUGGCUGUGGCAGGGCUCCAGACCUGCACCUUCAGUGUUUUAUGCUGGACUCUGCACUUGGGGUGUGUGCACAGCUGGGUCAGCAGCACUUCAAGUGCUGUUCUACAAGCCGCUUGCCUCACUGGGAUUUUGGACAAUGUUAGGAAACCAACAUGAAAACUGUUUAAUCUUGACCCUGAAGGCACUGCCAAAUGCCAUUUUUUUUUUUUAAUUUGGGUUUUUGUUCGUCUUUUUUUUGCUCAGGGUGUUGGGCAAGUACUAGCAGUGUUGGAAUGCUCUGUGAUCCAGGUACUACAGCCCAGCAUAUUCCCUGAGCACAAAUAAAACUCUAAAAAAACUUUUAAAAACUGAACUUGAACUAUUCAGCCUUGCUUUCAACCUAGCUCUUUCCUGACGAGAACUCCCUUUUGUAAUUAACUAAGGGAAGAUGUGUUUAUUACAAGGUGUUCUCACUUGAAAUUAAAAUAGAACUACCAGAAAUGUCAUAUAUAGAACCAUGAUAUGAAUAUUUAUUCUGAUGAUGAGUGUGAUGGAAAUGUUGCAAGACCUCUGCUGAAUAUUUCCAGGAACUGACAACAUGGUGUGCUUGCAGCUGAAUACUUGUUUUAUCUUCUAAAGAAACUAGAUAUUGAGCGUUUUUGUAGCAAUUACUUUUUUUGUUCCUUUAUUGGAAUUAGUGUGGAUUUUACAAGCUUUCAUAUGCACUCUUGUUUGUCCUGAACCUAUUUUCGUUAUCAUUCUUACCCUUCUUGCUUCAAAUACCCAGUGGCUUGUUCCGUCUUCAUCAAUCUGGUUCCACCAACGUAAACCAACCAGGAGUCUUCCUGUCACAUUCUGGUGACACAGUUAUUUGCAUUAACCAAGUGCACAAUUCACUUGUCAGACAACAUUUAAAAUUAAGACAAAUGUCUUAAAAAAUAAUAAUUUUAUCAAAUAGUAAGUUUAGUUCUAAAAACUAUGUCAACCUGUGCGCAACAGUCACUAAUGAUGGAUGAGUUAAUAGAAAUUAGAGGCCUGUUCUCCUCAUGUGAUAAGUAGCACAGUAACAUUGAUUUAGGUAAGAAAUUAUAGGAUGUGCCCUUUCAAAGUCAGUAUCUUGGAGAAGCCUCUGAUAAAUUCUUAGUAAGAGAGGAGAACACAAAACAAAAACAUUUAGGGAAAAUGAAAGAUUAAUUAUAAACAAGUUUGGAAUCAAGCAAAUUAAGACAACAUUUUUGUGCCUGGAUGAAUACUGUAUUUUUUUCAGGAUGCCUGAGAAAUGAGUUCUUCGCUUCAGUGCAGAAGCAUCGUUCUGUUUUGAACCUCUGGGGUUUCAAGGCUGGCCUGACCAAGCUGCCAGCCCAUGGCGAGGGCACUGCUGCUUCAGCUGGGCUCCCGGCAGCAUCACGAAGCUCCUGCACACUGGCAGCGAGGCACAGAAUUGAAUCUUCGGGCAUCCUUGGGAAUCCAUUACUGAAAGCUAGUGUUAAUUUAUUUUUUCUAAGACGGAAAGUGUACAGACAAAUCUGCCUAUGGCAAGGCAACUUGCUCACCAUGUGUAACUUAUAUCAGUGACUAAAGAUAUGUAAAAGUCUUCAAUGAAAUGUGUCAGACACGUUUAAUAGAUCUACA